UACACACAACACGCACACGAGCGGCGCCGUCGCACGUGUAUUAUGUGGAUGGUAGCUGCGGCGCAUAAGAAGUGCACAGGCCCUAUCGACUCCUACGACAGCUUCAAUGACGAACACCUCAGGCCACACUUCCACAAGAGCCUCGUCAGGCAACGCUUGGCCCGCGUCGGCUUGGUGCGGUGCCUCCGACACUACGGUAAACCUAACGACGACCCUGGAGCGCACCAUUGCACCUGCUCCCUCUCCGGCUCCCGGGAGAGCCCGGACGCAACGAGUACGACGAGUUCCGGGGACAGCGGAGUCGUAAGCUUAAGAAAUGCGGACCUCACCUGCACGACGUGCCGCGGGGGGUCCUCUGGUGUGGCUGCUCCGCCUCCAACGGCACUUACCAGCGAGCCCGUGUCGCCUUACCUGAUGCCCGUGAACCCUUCAAAACGCAAGCUGACUAUGCCGCGACCAACCCAACAGGCCGCCGGUUCUCGGAGCACAGUCAGGAGGGUGAGCAUAACGCCCUCGACGCCGGCCAGUUCGAGGGAAGACCUCGUCGUCAUCAAAAACCACUUUCCCAAAAAGUCGAACUGCAAGGUCUCGCUGCUCUUUCGUGGGUGGGGCUUGAGCAGGCCGGUCACCGAAGCGUGCCAGUCGGUGAUCAGGGUGACUCAGCAGCACUGCGGCGGCACAUCCCUGACCGUCUUCGACGGCCGAGUGACUCCGGGCGAGACGUUCACGUUUGCCUCCCGAAGGCACUGCGGCUACCCCUUCAGCAUUGUCGUGUUCGUCGACGACAUAAGGGACAUGCAACUGAGCAGCUGCUGCGAGUACCGUUACAACAUGGGCAUGCGGCUGGGAGGCUCCCAAGGUCACUUCUCGCUUGCCAAGCUCGAGGGUGGAAGCCCGUGCUACAGGUGUGUACUUGAGAAGAGGCUCAAAGCCUUGCCGAAAGAAGAGCCCGAACAAACGCCACCUCCUAGUAAUAUGUCGGAAGAAUCAAGUGGCCUGAGCAGCCCUGUUAUGAGUAGUUCCGAAGCUGUAGACAGUGUAGAACAAAGUGUAGACGGCGCCGUUACGAGCUCUGUAUCUAGUGAAGAAGAGUACAGCGACAGUGAAGAUGAAAGGCAACACAGUAAAAGUCAACAAUCAAGCGAACAUACACAAGAUGAGAUAGCAGAUGAUGCCGAAAAAGAACUUUACUCGAGCGGGACAAAUUACAGCUCGGAAACGUCACGCAGCCAAUCCCAGCUUCGCACUUCUGGAUCCGAGGAUGUCGGUGAACAAAUUGAAGGUUACGAUGUUUCCAGUCAAGACUCAACAAAAGCAGACAACAGUGUACAGGAGAGUGGCACCAUUUCCAACAGCUUCGAAACUUACAGCAGUGUAGAGAACUCGGGGGAGAAGUCUGUACACGGUGAAACAGGGUCACAGGUCGACGAUGGAGGUCAGUACAACAUGCGCCACAAUGUAGCAAAACCAUCCGUCUAUUUCGUGCAAGAUAAAAAGAAACAAUGGGGCUCUGACGAAUGUCGUGGCGAAAGCUUUUCUUCAGAUGACGAUGCUCAGACAGUUACACUUACCGUUAAAGCAGAAGUGCACUCUACCCAAUAAAUAGUAUUUGAAGUUGCGUUUAA